AUGUGCAAGACUGUGACAAUGAGCAUGAGCUAAGCGCCUACCUAAAUCCAAUGAAUCCGUGUCGCUACGGUGGCUGCGCCAUUGAAACGUUUCCAACAGCGCCUCUUCUAAAGUACUUGAAAUGCAAUUGCGUACUGCAGUACACCGGAGAAUAUUGCACUGAGUUGGUUGAUGGAGCGGUUGGGCGAGAGAUCGUGCGUUUUUCUCCAUUCAUUGCACACAUAUGCUCAACUGUAUGCAUAUUUAUUAUUUUCUUCUGCUGCAGAAGGGCUGUGUACGUUAUUUUUACUUACUUUACGAGCAGUACAAAAAAAUGCAGUAAAAAAGCUAAUAUUGUGCAUAUGCAUUAGUA